GGCCACAUAAAAUGAUGUUGCGGGCCGGGUCUGGCCCCCGGGCCACCAGUUUGACACCUGUGCUGUCGCUAAUGAUUCCCAAGAGAGCCCAAGCCUCCCACGUGUGAGCGUCCCGCCUAUUUGUGACGUCACGCCCCUCCUUUCGUCGUCGUGUGUGCGCAAGCAAAUUUGCGCAAUUUGAGCGAGUUCGCCACCCUGGAUUAUAGGAAGCGGAAUGGAAGCCACGAGUUGACUGCGCUCGAACAUGUGGUGCUUAAAUAGGCCAUUCCUUCCCACACCUGUCUCGUUCCUUAUUAAGCAAGCAUGGACCCGAGCCUGUGGCAGUACCAGUUCCGCGUCAUCAUGCUGGGGGACUCCACGGUGGGCAAGUCGUCGCUACUCAAGCGCUACACGGAGGACCACUUCAUGGAGGCCAUCAAUGAGACGGUGGGGGUGGACUUCUACGUGCACUUCCUCGAGGUGGAGCCCGGCGUCCGGGUCAAGAUGCAGUUCUGGGACACCGCCGGCCAGGAGCGCUUCAGGUCUGUGACCCGCUCUUACUACCGCAACUCCGUGGGGGGCCUGCUUGUGUUCGACCUGACCAACAGAGCGUCCUUUGAGCACAUCCGGGACUGGCACGCCGAGGUGUGCGAGCACGUGCUGCCCCACAGGGUCCUGUUCGUCCUGGCGGGCCACAAGAGCGACUGCGACGGCCACGGCAAGCGGGCGGUGACCAGGGACGAGGCCGAGAAGCUGGCCGCCGUCUUGGGCGUGCCCUACGUGGAGGCAUCGGCCAAGGAGGGCCACAACGUCAAGGAGACCUUCGAGCUGCUGGCCCUCCGAGUGUACCAGGGUCUGAUGAGCGGGGAGGUGGAGCUGCACGAGGGCUGGGACGGGAUUAAGUGCGCUAUGCCGCUGGUUUUGCUGGGACGCAGGAGCAGCCUGGCUCAGCCUGGCCCCGCACGCAAGAACAAAAAGGAAUGCUGUGCCUAAACCGUCUAAAGCAGCGGUCUUCAACCUUUUUGUUGCCACGGGUCGGUUUUACGUCAAGCAAUAUUUUCAAAGACUGGCAUAGACACAAAAAAAAUUACAAAUUAUUAAAACUGCAGGAAGUCCUUGAGUUACUACGUACUCGACCUACGACGUUGCGACUUUACGACGCCCGUGCCUCGUCCGCCAUUUUGUCCCCAGCAACAUAGUGUUUCUGCGUAGCUAGUGCAUAGUGCUUGUCUGUGUUUGUGCGGCGGGAGUAUCUUUGCCUUUUUCGCCCUCCUUUUUUCACACUCUCAGCAGUAAUGGUAAGUACAGCAUCUUAUUUUUUUAAUAUUUUAAUGUAUUUUAGUUUCUUUAUACGAAGUGUUAACCUUUCCUGCUACGGUCACCUGACCGUGGUCAGGAGACGCAGAGGUUAACUCCCUUCUCUCGUUGCACAGCUAAAAUGGGUGGCGGCAACAAUAAAGGCACGAAGCACCAAUUUGCUGCUUUAAUGGCUUUAUUAGCUCCUCUGCACAUUCAACGUCAACGGGUCCUCCUCUAAACGCUACUCUUCCCCGGUCGCCGUCACUACACUUGCCACUGUACACACUCGCACCGGCGCGCGCACUCCUUCUUCGCAGUCCCGCCGGAUGACGCCUGCGCAGUCCCGUCUCACUCACACACCGAGUUUGCUGUCACAGUCACGUGGGACAAACCCGUAACAGAAGUAUUUCGACGUAAAUUUAGACUUUAACGGUGAUAUCUGACUUACGCGGAAAAUCGUGUUACGUCGUCAGCGUCGGAACGGAACUCGUUCGUAAAUCAAGGACUUCCUGUACAACUCACCAUUACGUCGAAUGCAGUUGUUGUAAUUGGCGGAAGCCAAAGCAGCUUUGAAGGCUUCAUUGCCUCAUUUGCAAGCCUGUAGCAAUAAACCCUUUUUUUAAGUAGGACUGCAGAUCUAUAAAAAUGCAGCUUUCUUUUUAUUGGAAGUUGUAGGCUCUUCUUCGGUUUCAUAAUUAGGCCUUUUCGUCUUUCGGAAGAAGCUCUCCAAAGAUGUUUGCUGUUUUUUUUUCUUAAUUUUAGCUAGCUUGUGGAGUUACUUUUUUUAUAUAUUGUAUCACAGCGGUGGCUGGUGUUGUAUUUUUUUUUGGGGGGGGGGACGACUGUAAUGUAGCGCCCUACUUUGCUCCUAGCUAUUGCAUUCAGACGAGCUACUGGACAUGUCAAACGUUUAUGAAGAGUCGUUGGAUAGUGAUUUGUGCGCUCCAGACAAGAAUUAUGUCAUGAAAUCAUACAGCAGAGAUGAAUGAAACAAUUUUACAUAAAUCCCUUGAACCCUGAGAUGCAUGAAUGGUUGGACCCCAACACUUUUCUUUAAGUGGGUCGAAAUGGACUCAUAUCAGAAUCAAUGCGUUUUAUACAAUUGUGCGUAGGAAUAAUCAUUUGUAUUACGUUUUGGUAUACACACGUCUGUUUUCAUGUUACAAAUGUUUUUAUUUUGUAACUUUUUAAACAUUCGUAACGAGGUCCUUUGGAUCCUGUUGAAUUAGAUUUUCAUGUUGAUAACUGACGCCGCCACCUGGACUGUAGUCUGCCCUCAUCUGAUAUUUCUGGAUCCUUUUCUAACCUCCACGGGUCAUUUCAGUGCAUCAAAGGGUUAAAUCCCCUUCUACACUGGCCUCUUUCACACAGAAAGAGAGUAGCAUUGGAGCCUUAAUAGAAGAGAAGGCAUUUAUCCCUCUUUGUCUUUUAUGAACAACAGCGAUGCGACAUCCCGCAAUCAGAUACUAAAGCAUACAUGCACAUACUGAUAACCGAGGCGCUUGCUUUUCUUCAGGAUUAGAUUGUUGAAUUACUGUAUGUCAAAAGUUUUGCCCUCUGGCUCUCCUCAGGGCCCCUGGAUCUGUACAGAGGGCGACCCCACAAGUGGGCACAAAUUCCUCUUACAAAUGUCAGUGAUUGACGACACAGAGUAGAAAACCAUUUCAAGUAGCUAUUUUGUUUUGGGUCUUGUGAAUCCGCCACUGUGUGUGUGCAUGCUCCGUUUUAACACUUGGAUGCAACUUCAGGUACACCAGUACAAUCCAAUUACAACAGCUGUUAAAUUGCAUUGAUACACAGCUCUUGUACGGGAUCUGAUCUCUUAGGUGUACCUAAUAAAGUGUCCAGUGAGCUUCCAUUUUCAUGGCGUGCAGCCUAUUCUCGGGCCUCUGCUGCAUCCCCACUAAUUGCUCGGCAUCCGACGAGCUGAGUGAGCAGAUUUGUUUUCACACGCCCGACGUUGACAAUUAUUAUUAGAUCGCCCCGGGGCGCCUCUGGAUCUCGUCGUGGCGCAAUGUCGAAAGAGAAGUCAUCAAGGCAAUUACUGUCACGCUCGGUGUGACGAAUGAGCCUCCUGUGUCCCUGCAGCCUAUUUAUUUAGCCUCUAAGACACCCUCCCCUAAGACGCUCAUUGUUAUGCAGUGUGUAAGGUGCUUCUCUGUAAAUAAACGGCGAGCCAAGUGAUGAAAUGGCACUUCAUAGCCUGAAAAGUCACUCCAAACAUCAAUGCUGUACAUGAGUCAGGUACUUUACGCUACUGUGAGGAAUUCCAGUCUUUUUAUUUGGAUGAGUUGUACAACUGUAUACAGUUUUCUUAUUAACAUUCAUGCUUGGACAAUUGAUUAACUAAAAAUGUAUUUCUGCUAAUUUGUGAGCGGAUAUAUUUUUGGGCCAUUACAUCGUCGUAUAAAGGCACACUGGCUAAAUAAUUACAUAUCUGGAAAGCACUCAUCAUGGCCUUUAAUUAGAUACGUCACUUGGACAGGAUAUAGUGGAGAGAUUUUUGAAUAAUCUCCAGCAGACAAUCAGACAUUCUACUAUUUUGUAAAAACUGUGAAGCUUUAACCUGUAAAAAAACUUCUAAAGUCAAACAACCUUCACUGCGUAUCAAGUAGUUUUGUAUGUGUACUUGUAUACUUAUUUUCGUAAUUUACAGUACGUUUUAAUGACCAUUGGAGAUUUAUUACACUUUCAAGCAGAAAAAAAGUUUUUAAAAAAUUUGGUUAUGUUGUAUGUAUGUAUUAUGUAAAUGUUGAUCUCAUAAUGACAGAUGCAAAUUGAUUUUUGACUUUGUUUCCAGAGACAAUCAAAUAAAAUUGCAGAUUUGUGUAAAAACUGUGAAGCUUUAACCCAUUGAAAGUUCAGUGGCUAUUAUGAGUUUGUGCUAAUUUGUGAGUUUAAUAACCACUGGAGAUUGGCCACAUUUUAAAGCAAAAACAGUUUUUGGUCACUAAUGUACACAAUCGAUCUCAUAAUUACAGAUCAUGGCCUUUAAAAUGAGAUUUUCUGUAAAAUGUCUUUUUGGUCAUUAUUAUAUUCUGAGGCUAUAUUGGCAGAUCUGAUCCAAUACAACUCGGUUUGGUUUGUUACAAAUUUUUUUGAAUGUGUUUCUGAGGGAUCAUGUAAAAUAUGUUUUUGUACAUUCGUUAUCAUAUAUCACCAAGAUAACUAUGCUAUAAAUGUUUUUAUCAUUUAGCCCACAAAUGUUCCCAAUAUAUAAUGAAUAUAUGUUUGAAUGUCGUUAAGAGGAGAUAUAUUUUUUUCGUUAUUGCGAUGAGUCAGAUCAAUACAGCAGUGGUUACAAUCCAAACAGAUGAUCAUGUUUAUUGACAUAAACAGCUGAAUGUGUUAACAAAACUUUGAGAAAACAAAACAAGAGUUACAUUAGCACGUGAUGAUGCUGGAAAUACACUGCAAAAUUAGGAGGACAUGACAAUGAGACACUGUCAACAAAUCUUGAACUAAUCAUACCUUACAUAGGAACCCCACCGCCCAACAACAACAAAAAAAAAAAAAAUACAAGGUGGGCUUGAUACAAGGAAAAUGGAGUCGUGCUACUUUUUGGUCGUCUUGCGGAUCAGGGCCAUCCUCUGCAAUACAUCGAAAAAGUGAGAUUAACUUGUUUGAUGCAAUUCGGAUGAUUGACAGGACAAUCAAUGCGUUACCUGUUUGUGAGCCUCUGUGGUGCAUGCCUUCUUAAAGGGCCGGAUCUCAUCUGAGCCGUAACCUGGGAUCCACAUGUUCCAUUGACGCUCUGAUGAAAGACAUUUGCAAAUGAAUUUAUAAAAAAAAAAAUAUAUAUAUAUAUAUAUAAACAAUUUGAUUAUACCUAUGAUGAAAAUCACAGUGCUCUCAUCUUUUUAAGUGAGAGAACUUGCACAAUUGGUGGCGGACUAAAUACUUUUUUGCUCCACUGUACACACACACAUCCAUCCAUCAAUGUUCUUUAUCGCUUAUCCUCACUAGGGUCGCGGGCUGCUGGAGACUAUCCCAGCUAUCUACGGGCAGGAGGGGCAGGGUACACCCAGAAGCAGUCGCCAGCCAAUCGCAGGGCAGAUAUAAACAAAGAAACAUUCACACUAUGGGUAAUUUAGAGUCUUCAAUCAACCUACCACGCAUGUUUUGGGGAUGUGGGAGGAAACCGGAGUACCCGGAGAAAACCCCCGUAGGCGCAAACAACCAUUCGCACUCACAUUCACACCCAGCAGUUAAAGGUAUUCAACAUAGUGCAAUCGUGUAUUUUGCACUUUUAAAAAAUUAUUACAGUAACUUGUUUAUUGUAGGUUCAAGAAAACUCCACAGUGAAUUUAAUCCGCAAAGUAGCGAUCAACUAUUUAUUAUAUUACUGGAUAAAUUCAUAAGUUUCAUAUAUGCCAGGGGUGUCAAACUCAUUUUUGUCAUGGGCUACAUUGUAGUUACAGUGUCCAUCAGAAGGCUGUUAUGACUGUGAAACAAAAUAAAUGCUAAAUUGGCUCAUCAUACUAUUACAUAUACAUAAUAAAUUGAUGGAUAACUAGUUUUGAAAUAUGAAGUCAAAGAUAUUGUUCAGGUUACUGUAAAAAGGGGUUUGGUAACAAAAAAUGCUUUUGCAAUAUCUACACUGGCCACUCAUGCCAGAGUAGCAUCUGCUCCAUUUGCGCACUGAUUGAGGAGUAUCUGUAGCAUUUGCACGGCCGACAUUGUCCCAGAUGAUCGCGCUACUCGUCACUUUAGGCCGCAUGCACUCCUUGAGGUCUCGGCGCCCUUUGCACGGUGGUCGUUGCACCGGACUAUUGCAAUGUUGGUCGUUCGAACUGCUCUAAGUGCUAGAGGACUCUGCAUCUUUUUGCACAAUUGUUUUUUGUCAAUGUCUUUAUGUCCCCAAAGUGUUCUGUAAAUUGACUGUUUGUUGUACUAGAGCGGCUCCAACUACCGGAGACAAAUUCCUUGUGUGUUUUGGACAUACUUGGCAAAUAAAGAUGAUUAUGAUUCUGAUAUGACAAUUAGAAAUUUUAGUACUGAUUUUUAUCUGGAAGUUGACGCACAUGAUUGGCUUUUGCAGUCCACAUGAAAUGAUGCGGCAUGCCAGGGCUUGACUUGAGUUUCACACCUGUGAUAUAAUCAUUUCAAUGCAAAUUUAGAGCGUUGCAGGUAUUUUAUUUGUCAAUUUGAGGUCACCAAUCACACACACAACACAAGCCUAUUAUGGAAGCAUUUCUUGAAAGAAGUGAACAACGGCCCCUGCAAUUUCCUGGCUUAACCAUUUGCACUGUUCCUCACAGUCACAGUCGUCAGCAAAAAGCAUUAUGGGUACCCAGAAUUCAUUGCGGUGAUUUCUUUUUAAUUACAGUACUGUAGUGGUAGAAAAUCAGCCUAAACAUUGCUCUUUACAUGC